GAGAAUUCUCAUCUGGCCUCGAGAAAGGUCACGUUCCAGAUCCAGUCAAAAGUCGUACCUGAUCGAAAAGAAAAGAAACCUAGAUAGGAAUCCUCAAUCGAACGUGCGCCCAUUUCAUGACUCAUGAUACGCAUCUCAGUCGAUGGUACCGCCCUUGCGCGUCACAUCCACCAUGUACACCUCCUUCGCGCUCGCUGGGCUCGGAUCUCUCGGGCAGCCCAUGCUGAACGCGCUUCUAGCUCAGAAAGUUUCCACAAUCGUCCUCUCCCGAACGGAGUCCUCGACGAAGAGAUCUUCGAUCGGCGCUCAGUGCACUGUGCAAGUGGACUAUUCGGCUCCGGCCGCGCUCACGGAGACACUCAAGAGACAUCGGAUCGAUGCAGUGAUCUCUACGCUUGCAGUGAAAGACGGAGGGAUGGACGCUCAGCGCGUGCUUGCAGCUGCGGCGAAGGCGGCAGGUGUCAAGAUAUUCGUACCGUCUGAAUUCGGCGUGACGAAGAAUGGCCGGGCGGGGGGUGUUUUCCAGAUGAAGAAUGAUUUCAUUGACUACCUGAGGGAGAUCGAUCUGCCAUGUGCAACUUUCUAUGUCGGGAUGUUCAUUGAAUUUCUGCCGUGGCUGCUCAAUCUGGAUGAGGGUACAGCCUACCUCCUCAGUGACAGUGAUGCGGAGUUUGGCGUGACCUCAACGAAAGACAUCGCCGACUUUGUGACAUAUGUGCUGACCCACCUCCCGCCGUUUUUGCUGGAGAACCAGACAUUCACCAUACAUGGCGAUCGUACCAGUCUCAAACGACUGCCGCAGCUCUUACGGGCAGAUACAAUCGAAUUCGUGCAUGAAAUACCUGGUCCAGCUGGCGAUAGGAAGGGCGCGUUGCAGAAGUUGAUUUCUGCGGGCGCCGCAAGCGAGGAGGGUUCGAAUGACAAUCAUCUGUGGCCAGAACACCAGUGGCUUUCGAUACGAGACGUACUUAUGUCUAACUCUACGCAUUUUUAGAACGAAAUUGCAACGAUGACAUGUGUAUCGA